AGGGAGAGAACAGCAAACACCUUUUGCACACGGUGAGCCUGGAGCUGGGGCUGGAGGAGACGGGAACCCAGACUUAUCCCGAGGCUGCCGAGGCGGGAGCAGGCGUGGGCAGCAAAGGCUCGGAGGGGGGACACCUUGGUUAUUGUAGGUCAGGGAUCUCUAGGAUCGCGCGCCAGGGGCCGCCGUGUGGCGAGAAGGGCUCGCGGACUGGAAGCUUCGGGCCGCAGUGCGAAAGGCCGGCGGCAGAGCGCCGGUCACGUGACCUCAGCCGGCUCUCUCGAGGCCCCCGGGGCCGGCACGUGCUCCGAGGCCCGCCCUUCAAACAGCCCCCAGCGCGCAAGCGCUCCUUCCAGUCCCGAGCUGGAGAGCGUGCUCCAGGGAGCCUGGCGGGCGCUCGGACAGCCUGCGCCGCGGCGGCGGCUCAUUUGCAUGAGCAGCCCGGGAGAGCCAAUGGGGAAGCGGGCCGGGCAUGCCGGGAGCCGGGCUGGGCAGUGAAGGCAGAAGGUUCGCCGGCCCCCGGGCGGCCCCGGCCAGUGUGCGAGCGCAGCGCUGCGCGUCGGAAGCCGGGAGGCCGGGGCGGCGGCGGCGGCUGCGAUGCGCUAGAAGCGGGGCCCUGGAGCCGGGGCCGCCCAGACCGAGCAGCCUUUCCCUGCUCCCCGGCCAGGCCGGGGCUCGGGCCCGAAAAAAUGAAUUACCUGAACGUGUUGGCCAAAGCGCUCUAUGACAACGUGGCCGAGUCCCCCGACGAGCUGUCCUUCCGCAAGGGCGACAUCAUGACCGUCUUGGAGCGCAACACUCAGGGGCUGGAUGGCUGGUGGCUCUGCUCCCUGCAUGGACGCCAGGGCAUCGUGCCGGGCAACCGGCUCAAGAUCCUGGUGGGCAUGUACGACAAGAAGCAGGGCGCGCCGGGCCCGGGGCAGCCGCAGCCGCAGCCGGCCCUGCCCUGCCACCCCCAGGGGCUCUACAACGUGCUCUCCCCCGCCUCCCAGUACGCCCCCAUGCACCCCGCCUAUCAGCCCCAAGGAGAGGGCGUCUACCUGAUCCCGGGCCCCAACAAGGCGCAGCAGGGGGUCUACCAGGUGCCCCCUGCGGGGGGGCAGUUCCAGUCUCCCCCGGCCAAGCAGCCCCUGAUGUACCAGAAGCAGACCCCCCAUCACCAGUUCCAGAGCCCAGCCCAGGAAAUCUACCAAGUCCCCCCUUCGCUAAACCCCACACUGGACGUAUACCAGGUGCCCCCCGGGCCCGGGAGCCCCCCUCAGGACAUCUACCAAGUGCCCCCCUCGGCCGGGAUGGGCCAGGACAUCUACCAGGUGCCCCCCUCCAUGGACGUGCGGAACUGGGAAGCGACCAAGCCACCCACCAAGGUGGUGGUGCCCACGCGGGUCGGGCAGGCCUACAUCUACGAGCCCCCCAAGCCGGAGCAGGACGAGUACGACAUCCCGAGGCACCUCCUGUCUGCGGGGACCCAGGAGAUCUACGACGUCCCCCCCGUCAGGGGGCUGCUCCCCAGCCAGUACAGCCAGGAGGUGUACGACACGCCCCCCAUGGCUGUCAAGGGCCCCACCAGCCGAGACCCCUCCCUGGACAUCUACGACGUGCCCCCCAGCGUGGAGAAGGGCCUGCAGCCGCCCAGCCACCACCUGGUGUAUGACAUCCCCCCCUCAGUCAGCAAGGACGUGCCCGACGGGCCCCUGAGGGAAGAGACCUACGACGUGCCCCCCGCCUUCCUGAAGCCCAAGCCCUUCGACCCCGCCCGGCACCCGCUGAUCCUGGCGCCCUCGCCCGUCCCCGCCGCGGACCCCUACCCGGCCGACGACGUCUACGACGUCCCCCCGCCCGCCGGCAAGGGGGCGCCCGCCGCCCCCCAGGAGAUCUACGACGUGCCCCCCGGCCUGCGCAAGCUGGGCCCCGGCCCCCCGGGCUCCGUGUACGACGUGCCCCGGGACCUGGCCCCGGCCGGCAGCCGGGCCGCCUCCCUGGAGGCCGACGGGGAGAGCGUGUACGACGUCCCCCCGCAGGCCGACCGCGAGCCCCGGGCCGACGGCAAGCGCCUGUCGGCCUCGAGCACGGGCAGCACCCGCAGCAACCUGUCCUGCUCCUCCCUGGACGUGGUGCCCGUGAAGGAGGCGGCGGCCGGCCGCGAGCCGCUGCCCAUGGACCUGGACGCCGCCAUGGAGGCGCUGGCCGGGCUGCAGCAGGGCGUGGGCGCGGCCGUGGCCCACCUCAUGUCCUUCGUCAGCGGCAGCGGCUGGCGCGACCCCGCCCUGCUGGAGCCGCAGAUCCCCGGCCUGCGGGCCGCCGUGGGCGAGGUGAAGGGCGCCGUGCGCGAGCUCCUGGAGUUCGCCCGCGGGGCCGUGGGCAACGCCGCCCACUCCACGGACCGGGCCCUUCACGCCAAGCUCAGCAAGCAGCUCCAGAAGAUGGAGGACGUCUACCAGACGCUGCUGGCCCACAGCCAGGCCCUGGACGGCUGCCAGUGGGCCCCGGGGGCCUUGGCGGCGGGGGGGCAGCCCCCGGGGGCGCCCGACAACCUGGACCGCUUCGUCUCGUGCUCCCGGGGCGUCCCCGACGACACCAAGCAGCUGGCCUCCUUCCUGCACGGCAACGCCUCGCUGCUCUUUAAAAGGACCAGGCCGGCCGGCCCCGAGGGGGGGGCGCCGCCCGGCCCCGCCCCCCCGCCCGCCCCGCCCCCCGGCUCGGGCCCCCCCGCCGACAAGGCCAGCAGCAUCCAGUCGCGGCCGCUGCCCUCGCCCCCCAAGUUCACCUCCCAGGACUCCCCGGACGGGCCCUACGAGAACAGCGAGGGCGGCUGGAUGGAGGACUACGACUACGUCCACCUGCAGGGAAAGGAAGAGUUUGAGAAAACCCAGAAGGAGUUGUUAGAGAAAGGGAACAUCAUUCGGCAGGGGAAGGGGCAGCUGGAGCAGCAGCAGCUGAAGCAGUUUGAGCGGCUGGAGCAGGAGGUGUCCAGGCCCAUCGACCACGACCUCUCCGGCUGGACCCCCUCCCAGCCCCUGGCCCCCGGGCGGCCGGGGGGGCUGGGCCCCUCGGACCGGCAGCUGCUGCUUUUCUACCUGGAGCAGUGCGAGUCCAACCUCACCACCCUCACCAACGCCGUGGACGCCUUCUUCACCGCCGUGGCCACCAACCAGCCCCCCAAGAUCUUUGUGGCCCACAGCAAGUUCGUCAUCCUCAGCGCCCACAAGCUGGUGUUCAUUGGGGACACCCUGUCCCGCCAAGCCAAGGCCCCGGACGUCCGGAGCCAGGUGACCCACUACAGCAACCUCCUGUGCGACAUGCUCAAGGAGAUCGUGGUGACCACCAAGACGGCGGCCCUGCAGUACCCCUCCCCCACGGCCGCCCAGGACAUGGUGGACCGUGUGAAGGAGCUGGGCCAGAGCACUCAGCAGUUCAGGCGGGUCCUGGGCCAGCUGGCCGCCGCCUGAGGGGCCCGGUCCGGCCUGUCGGGGACCAAGGGGGUGGGGGGCUCUAGCUGGGUAGUGACUCGGUCCGCAGGGCGUGGGAAGGGCCCCCCUCCCUGUGGUGCCGGAUUGUAAAUGCAUUGUACAUAUUUAAAAGAAACAAACCCCAGGAAUCAGGAGGCCUCCCGGAGGAGGCUGAAGAGGCUGAAUCUGCUGCUCCUCCCCCUGCCCCCCAGUGCCAGAGGCUGGGAAGAAGCAGAGCGCAAACACUAAAGAACUAUUUUUCAUUAUUGAUUUUCCAAUCAUUUGACUAAUGGCCUACAUUUAAAUAAAAAAAAAAACAAACUAAAA